AUGAGGCCAAUUUGGGGUCUCCCCCUUCUCAUCGCCCUCGGCACCGCCGGCGAAAUUGCCAAGAGGCAAAACGAAAGCACUUCUAGCAGCGAUGCCGUCAGCACCGAAAUGAAUAUGGUCACGGAGACGACCACACAGGCCGACCCCACGACUACCGAUGGAGGAGAUAGCACGACCACGGAAGACAGCAGCAGUGACACCACCGUCACCGUCACUAAAACCGUAAGCGGCGGCUCUGGCAAUACCGACACCAGUACCAAGACGGUGUCUUCCACGCGCACCACCACCAUUGCCGUGACAGCGACCGUCUUCAAGACCACUACUGUCACCAGCAGCGACGAGAAAACCGCGACCACCACCAUCUACGAGACAUCCACAGAAUGGGCCAACAAGCGUCGCGCCAUUGAACUGGCCAUGCGCACCGUUGCCCAGGUGGAUGCCAUCCCGACCACCGACGCGCCCGCCCCGAUCGUCACGUCCGCUGUUGAGCACAGCCCCGACAUGGCCCAGCCGAGGGCUCAUCUCGCCAAGCGUGACACUAUCACUGUCACGAAGACCGUCACCGGGGACAAGGGCGCCGAUACCACCGUGGUGGACACCGUCACCCGCACCGCCGUCUCGACCGCUACGAGCCGCACGACGGUGACCGAAUCCGUGACCGAGACCGAGCAGGCCAAUGCUAGCACCACUGUGACUGUUACGAGCACCCUCACCGUCACGAGCUCCAGUGUUUCCACCGGCAUCACCCAGCCUACCGAGACGAGCAGCGGCGACAGCAGCAGUGGCAGCAGCGGAGACAGCGGUGGUCUGUCGACUGGUGCCAAGGCUGGCAUCGGCGCUGGUGUCGGUGUCGCUGCGCUCGCCAUCAUCGGCGCCAUCGUCUUCUUCUGCUGGCGCAAGCGCCGCAACAGCCCCAAGUACGACCCUGACGACAAUGCCUUUGGCGCCUCCGAGGUCCCUGUCGGUGCCGCCGCCGCCGGCGGUGCUGCUGGCGCUGCCGCUGGUCCCCGCACGCCCGAUAUGUCCCACACUCCUUCCACCAACAGCCGCCUCGCGCCCGCUGCUGCUGCUGCAGCCGGACCAAAGCCAUACCAGGCGCCCGAGGGAUACCGCGGGACAGCCAUGGGCGAUGGUCGCGCCGGGUACGCCAAGCCUGAACCCUACGGCGCCGCCUACACGCGCGCCUCGGGCAUCAACAAGAGCCCGGGCCCGCUGUCGCCCAGCCCCGUCAGCCCGGACACGGCCUACUCUCGUCCCACGGACCGGACUAGUACUCUGCAGUCCGGGCCUGAUGUCCUGCCUGAGCACCCCACGGCCGCCGAGAUGGACAGCGCCUCCUACGCGCAACCGCAAGAGCUCGGUGCGCACAACGAUGCUGCCGCCUCUCGCUGGGCGAACCCCCAUGCCACGGAGAUUGACAGCCAACCGGCCCUGAACCAGUCUCAUGGCCCAGUGUACGAGAUGCCGUCAGAGAACUAUCGGUAG